AGAGCAGAAGGGGAGGGACACAAAUGCUCUCACUGGGGACUCCCCCGCGGGUGUCGCUGAAACAAGAGACAAGUGGGAAUUUCUGCCCGAAUUCAAAAUGGCGGCGACGGUCAGUCUCCCGGUCACGUGACGCGCGCGGCUAGAGCUGAGUUGGCGGCGGAGUAGCUGCGGGUUUCGGGGGCAGAGAGAAGAGUGAGUGACCGGGACUCAUUAUCUCGUUGUGUCUGCAACUCCCUCAUAUCCCUCCGCAGGGAACUUCUUCCCACUAAUCUCCUGAUCUUUGUGUCGUUGAGUUGAGGAGCAGAUGAGAAGAUGACGUUGCGCAAAGUUCAUGUAGCCGUGAUCCUAUUGUCUGCCGUAAUCUUCCUGCUGAUUCUGCACCACAAUAUCCUGGGCCUCAGCGACAUCCUGAAGAGACAAAACUCAGACACUGGCCCCUUAGUGUUCCACCAACUCGAAUCCCUUCCUGAUGCCCCUGACAUUGGCCCAGAACAAGGACACGGGGAGGAGAUUGCUGUGGUGAUUCCAGGGGUGGAGGAACGACUUGGAGGCCUCAUCGCCACAAUUAACAGUAUCUCCAGCAACACAAAGUCUAACAUUGUCUUCUAUAUCAUCACUACCAAUGACACCAAGAAACACAUCAGUUCUUGGCUGGAUGGCACAGACCUGAAACGAGUGGCCUAUAAGCUGCUGCCAUUUGAUGCCCGUGUUCUUGAUGGGAAAGUGCGGGUUGAUGCCGGGGCGGAGCCAGUGAAACCAAUGACAUUCGCGCGGUUCUACCUGCCCAGUUUAUUGCCCACAGCCAAAAAAGUCAUUUACCUGGAUGAUGAUGUUAUUGUACAAGAUGACAUUGUGCAACUGUACAACACCCCAAUGAGCCCCGGGCAUGCGGCCGCCUUCUCUGAGGAUUGUGACUCCGUCACCUCCAAAUUCCCCGUCAGAGGGGGCGCUAAUCAGUACAAUUACGUUGGUUUCCUGGACUACAAGAAGGAGCGGGUCCGGAGCCUGGGAAUAAAGCCCAACACCUGCUCCUUCAACCCGGGGGUCUUUGUGGCCAACCUGACCGAGUGGCGGCGGCAGAACAUCACCCGCCAGUUAGAGAAGUGGAUGGAGCUGGAUGUGACUGAGGAACUUUACAGCAAGUCGUUAUCUGGCAACAUCGCUGCACCCCCCCUCCUCAUCGUCUUCUAUAGACUUUACUCCAACAUUAACCCUCUGUGGCACGUCCGACACCUGGGUUCAAGUACAGGAAAACGUUACUCGCCGCAGUUUGUGAAAGCAGCUAAACUUCUCCAUUGGAGCGGACAUUUUAAACCUUGGGGCAGAACAUCUUCGUUCCCAGAGAUUUGGGAGAAGUGGUUCCUGCCAGACCCCACGGGGCAGUUCUCACUAAUCAGGAGACUCGGAGAGGCCGGAGGAGCCAAGUGAUGAGUCAGUGAGUUCGGCUGUUGGUGGAACUCGGGGAAGAGGGAGGAUUAUUUGUUCCCAUUAAGACACAAGUGGGGGACUCAUUGCGCCUGUGGGGGCCGACACCUCACACCCCUAUAAACUCUCUGUAUCUCACUCCUCAGUCGGAAUAGACAGUCGAGCCCAGUGCAGGGAGUCUCCAGAUGAUUUGGUCACAAUCGGAGGCGGGACUGAAACUGAACCUUUUUGCUCCUCCCACUUCACAUAAUUACAGGAACCCCGCCUCCUUCCAGCCAUAGUGCUGCUGCCUACAGGAAUAGGCUCCACCCUCAGGCUGAAGGGGAAGUGUACAGAAACUGGGCUGUGGCCAAUCAGAAUCUGUGAUUUGUCUAUCCCAGAGGAACUUCAUGUUACUCACACAAUGAGCAGCACCCCUAGAAUUUAUUUGUGUUUUCUACAUUAAAUCUAUAAAAGUC